AUGUCAAAGUUGCCAGAAAGUCUUCUGACCAGAAUCCUACAGACUGAUGCUGCAGGCAUUCGAACCAGCAACCUCUCACACAACACAGUGUUUGCAGGUUUAGAACACCAAAAGUGUCCAAGUGUGUUGGUGUUCAGGUUUGCUGCUAGCGUCUGCACCCUCUCAUACGAGUUCAGAACUUUGAGGCUAAACGACGAUGUUGGAGAGAAAUUCAAAAGAAUGGAAAACCUGACGGAAACUGUCAAAUCCCUGAAGACUACAUUCAAGGAUUGUAACAGACACGGAACAAGAACAGUUGUCUUACUUGAACCGUUUCCCGUUAAGGUCACACUUACUGGGAAUGUCGUAAUAAUGUUGUAUUGA